AUACUGUAGCAAAUGCUUCAGGUCCUUUACUAGUUGAAAUAGCGAAGACUCCGGGGUCUACGCUAGGAAUCACGCUGACAACAACUGCGCACCGUAACAAGCAGGUCAUUGUCAUCGACAAGAUCAAGCCAGCCAGCGUGGUGGACAGAUGUGGCGCGUUGCAUGUUGGUGACCAUAUUCUCUCCAUUGAUGGUACGAGCACAGAGCACUGCUCCUUAUUAGAGGCAACUCAGCUUUUAGCUGCCACUUCAGAAAAUGUCAAGCUAGAGAUAUUACCUGUUCACCAAAGCAGGCUGCCAUUGAAGCCUCCAGAAACAGUCAAGGUGCAGAAGAGUGACCACCACCACUGCUGGGACCCCUGUGUCAACUACUGUCACACCCACCACCCUGGGCACUGCAAGACACCCACUUGGAACCAGACGUCUGGACAGGAUUACUGCAAAUCUCUGGUGGCUGCCAACUUCUCAUCUCCUACCAUGAACGCGCAGGGCUUCCCCUGCCAGAAUUCGAACACGCUACCUCGCAGCUCCCACCCCAUGAGCCCCCGCACCACCAUGCUGAGGAGGAGGCAGAAGAAGAAGGAGCAUAAGAGCUCACUGUCGCUGGCCUCCAGCACGGUGGGUCCUGGCGGGCAGAUAGUCCACACGGAGACAACAGAGGUGGUGCUCAGGGGAGACCCUUUGAAUGGCUUCGGACUUCAGCUCCAGGGAGGCAUCUUUGCUACCGAAACCCUGUCUUCCCCACCUCUCGUCCGUUUUAUUGAGCCCGACAGCCCGGCAGAGAGGUGUGGGCUGCUACAAGUAGGAGACAGAGUCCUUUCUAUCAAUGGCAUUGCGACUGAGGACGGGACUAUGGAAGAAGCUAAUCAGCUUCUGCGUGAUGCUGCGCUCACGAACAAAGUGGUGCUUGAGAUUGAAUUUGAUGUUGCAGAGUCUGUCAUACCCAGCAGCGGUACUUUCCACGUUAAAUUGCCCAAGAAAAGAGGUGUAGAGCUUGGAAUUACAAUCAGCUCUGCAAGCAGAAAGCCUGGGGAGCCUUUGAUCAUCUCUGACAUCAAGAAGGGGAGCGUAGCGCAUAGAACUGGCACCUUGGAGCCGGGAGACAAGCUGUUAGCCAUUGAUAACAUCCGACUCGACAAUUGCUCAAUGGAGGAUGCUGUGCAGAUUUUAAGGCAGUGUGAAGACCUGGUCAAAUUGAAGAUUAGGAAGGAUGAAGAUAACUCUGAUGAGCAGGAGACAACCGGUGCUAUUAUCUACACAGUGGAACUGAAGCGAUAUGGUGGCCCCUUGGGAAUAACCAUCUCCGGGACGGAGGAACCUUUCGAUCCUAUUGUCAUUUCAGGCUUGACUAAACGAGGGCUGGCAGAAAGAACCGGAGCCAUCCACAUCGGUGACCGGAUAUUAGCGAUUAAUAAUGUGAGCCUCAAGGGCAAACCACUGAGCGAAGCCAUUCACCUGCUGCAGAUGGCGGGAGAGACGGUCACUCUGAAGAUCAAGAAGCAGACAGAAAAAUCCUAUCCCAAGAAGUCGGGGAGUAUAAAUGAAGUGAGUGACCCAGAAGACGAACUGACGGACUCACAGAAAACUGGCAAGCUGUCUGAGAUAUACUCCACCACAAUUCCUAGCGUGGACAGCGCUAUGGAGUCCUGGGAUGGCUCUGGCAUUGAUGCUGGGUAUGGGAGCCAAGGUACAUACAUACCUCAGGCUGCGGGCGUAGCCCUCCAUCCACACGAAUGGAGACACAGCAGGCAAAAGAGCAGCACCCCUCCAGGGGACCCCAGAAAAAACUACCCCUACAUGGAUGGAAGCUUCAGUGAAGAUGACUGGGACAAGCCCAGCAGAUACCCCAACCGCCAAAAUGGCCUUGAGACCACUCACGAGGAUAGUUUUUGGCGUGUUUUUGGAGAAGCUUUGGAGGAUUUGGAAACAUGUGGCCAGUCUGAACUUUUGAGGGAGAUUGAGGCAUCCAUCAUGACAGGGAGCGUGCACAACCUGGGCCUGGAGGGCAGCAAGCUGCUCCUGGACUCUGUCAACCCAUCAGGACCAAGCCCAUUGAGGAAAGCAAACUCCAGCUGUGAUGAUGGACAGACGGACAGCAGUUCCUCUGCCAAGAAGAACGAGAGGAACCUGGACAUGAAGAAGAUCGAGAAGGAGAUGCAGGAAAUCAUGUCCCCUACCCCCCUUGAGUUUCACAAGAUGACACUCCACAAAGACCCAGAGAGUGAAGACUUUGGAUUCAGUGUGUCGGAUGGCCUGUUAGAAAAAGGUGUCUAUGUAAAUAUGGUCCGUCCGGAUGGGCCAGCAGAUCAGUGUGGCCUCAAGCCAUAUGACAGAGUGCUUCAGGUAAACCGCAUCCGAACGAGAGACUUUGACUGCUGUCUGGCUGUUCCCCUGAUUUCGGAGGCUGGAGAUAAGCUGGACCUGGUGAUUAGCCGAAACCCCUUGGCACUGGCUGCCAACGCUCCCCCGGAGGGGAACAGAGAACUGCCUGCUCAGGUGGCCUGCGGCGCUGAGGUCAAGGCGAGCGUCCAGAUGCUCUGA